AUGGAUGUUUUAGAUACGUUAUCCGGUGACGUGGUAAAAACAGGCAGUUACCGAUUUUCUGAUGGAUCUCGGUAUUUUGGGGAGUGGAAUAAAAGAGGCCAAAAACAUGGAGUUGGACAUUUGUUAUUUAAAAAUAGAACAAGAUAUGAUGGCCAAUUUGCGAACGGGAUAUUUAGUGGAUUAGGAGUACUUUGUUUUCCGGAUGGAUCAAAGUACGAAGGAGAAUUUAUGCAAGGCUGGUUCCAUGGUCGUGGCGUCUUCUGGAGAUCUGAUGGUAUGAGAUAUGAAGGCGAAUUCCGUGGGGGGCGCAUCUGGGGCCUCGGUCUUGUUACUUUUGCAGAUGGUACACACGGUUUCCCAAGAUGCGAAGGAUACUUCCAAGAUUGUAGGUUGAUGAGACGUAGAAAAUGUCUUACAAUAAUAUUGCAUGCCCAAGCUAUUGGCAUGUUGGCUAGGGAAUUCACAAAACAUAAUAAUUGA